GCCUUCUCCUCCGUGUCGGAUUGAAUAGGCUCAUCCAUUGCUCCGGUGUCUACAUGACAGCCGUUUAGGAUUGCACAUACAGUCAACAGCAAGGAACACCAUGGCGAGAAACCGUGAAGACAGAGACAGCUGGGGGUCCUUCACAGACAAAGCCACCUAUGACUGGAGCUCGGAGGAGGAGGAGCCUGAUGGAAGUGCGCGGCCCAUCCAGGUGCUGGUUGUCAGCAGGUCACACCGGUUGGACGAGGCGGCGCUGAUCCGGAUCCUAUUGGCCAUGGGUUUGUGUCCCUUUGAAGAGGUCCAGAACAGGGAAGUGGUGGCAAUAUCUGUGGGCCGGGCGUGUCCCAAGUCAUUCCUCAUGGACUUCAUGCUGCAUUACAUGUACAGCCAGGCAUCUGAAGAGUGGCUGGGGGAGGCAGAGGAGCCUCUGACUGGGUUCUCCUGGAGGGGUGGAUCUGAGAGAGAGACCACAGGGAUUCAGAUCUGGAGCGAAGUCUUUCUGGUGGACAAGCCAGAUGGACGCAAGGUGGCUGUUCUACUGAUGGAUACUCAGGGAACGUUCGACAGCCAGUCGACGUUGAGGGAUUCAGCCACCGUGUUCGCACUGAGCACCAUGAUCAGCUCCAUGCAGGUGUACAACAUCUCCCAGAAUGUCCAGGAGGAUGAUCUUCAACACUUACAGCUCUUCACUGAGUAUGGUAGACUGGCCAUGGAGGAGACGUUCCUCAAGCCAUUCCAGUCCAUGAUAUUCCUAGUCCGGGAUUGGAGUUUCCCUUACGAGUUUGGCUAUGGACAGGAAGGAGGCAUGAAGUUCCUGGAGAAGAGGCUCAAGAUCUCUGAGAACCAGCAUGAGGAGCUGCAGAAUGUUCGUAAACACAUCCACUCCUGCUUCACCAACAUAUCCUGCUUCCUGAUGCCCCACCCCGGACUCAAAGUGGCCACCAACCCCAACUUCGACGGCAGACUCAAAGGUCAACUACGACACGAUCACCCGGUCUUAAUACACACACAGCCCACAGUUAGUUUCCUACAAAAAAUAUACGGUAACUGUGUGUCCAAACCUUUUGACUGGUAAUGUAGGUGUUUGGUGACAUUAUCUUUUUUCUUUCAGGCAUACAUCAAAAUCUACCAGGGUGAGGAGCUGCCACACCCUAAGUCCAUGCUGCAGGCCACAGCGGAGGCCAACAACCUGGCAGCAGUGGCAGCAGCCAGGGACCUGUACAACAGGAAGAUGGAGCAGGUGUGUGGUGGGGACCGGCCCUUCCUGGCCCCGGCAGAGCUCCAGGCCAGACAGAGUGACAUCAGAGAGGAAGCCCUCCAGGUGUUCCGUGGGGUCAAGAAGAUGGGAGGGGAGGAGUUCAGCCGACGGUACCUGCUACAGCUGGAGGGAGAAGUGGACGAGGUGUUCGUUCAAUACAUCAAGCACAACGACUCCAAGAACAUCUUCCACGCCGCCCGCACCCCGGCCACGCUGUUCGUGGUCAUCUUCAGCAUGUACGUGGUGGCGGGCAUCACAGGCUUCGUGGGGGUGGACAUCAUCGCCAGCGUGUGUAAUAUGAUUCUGGGCCUGGCGUUGAUCACCCUGUGUACCUGGGCCUACAUACGCUACUCUGGGGAGUACCGAGAGCUGGGUCAAGUCAUCGACCAGGUGGCUGGAGCCCUCUGGGACCAGGGAAGCACAAAUGAGGCUCUAUAUAAGCUGUAUACUGCUGCAGCCAGUCACAGGCACCUGUACCACCAUGCGUUCCCUGGCCCCCAGGCCCCCGGAGAGACGAGCGAUACCCACGAGGAACCCACCAGGAAGAGGAACUGACACGGCGACCUGAUUGGCCAGAGCACAGCAGGGACUGCUGGGAAUCUUUUCAGUAGCAUGAUGGAUAGAGGAGGGGGAGGAGAAGCAGGAAUGAGGAGGGAGGCAUCCUCACCCGUUGGGACACUCUUUUACUAUGGUAUUGGCCGGAAAAAAUUCCAGCUACGUUCACUAUUUUAAAUCUAUAUGUGGACAAAUGUAAUGUCCCAGAAGUAGUGGCAUAAUCUCCCUUUGAACUGGGUUGCUUGGCCUGUUGCCUUCAAAUAAUAAUGGGCAUUUCACACAUCAUUGUCUUUCACAGACCACAUUCAACCUCUUCUAUCUGUCUGUAAGAAAAGACAUCUGUAAAUAACACACAGAACAGCAGGAAAGGAUGAGUACAGAUCCACAGACUCCACAUGCAAAUUCCUAUCAGCAGUUUGUCUGGACGGCGGUGCAGUAAGUUACAGUUAACCGUUGAUUUCAUUGUGUUACGUGAGAUAGCAUGACGGCCGUCAGCACCGACCGGUCAGCAUCAUCACCAUCGCUUUAGAAUGUUAUCUGUCCGGAAAAGACAAUGCUUCGGAUUUCAUGAAUGGAAGAUGCCAUUGAGGAGAAGUUUAAAUCAAAAUUGACCUCUGACCUAUAAACAGAAUGGACGGUCCAUGUAUAUUGAUUAUCAGGUUAAGUGCUGCUUCUCUAAAGGAAAUUAUUCCAUGUUUGAAAGCCAAUGGUUUUGCCCCAAAUGGCUCCCUCUUCCUUAUAUAGUUCACUACUGUUUCUUUUACCAGGGCCCUGGUUAAAGGUCAUUGUAUUUUACUAGGCAAGUCAGUUAAGAACAAAUUAUUUUUAACAAUGGGACUCACGACCGGUUGUGAUACAGUCUGGAAUCGAACCAGGGACUGUAGUGACGCCCCCUAGCACUGAGAUGCAGUGCCUUAGACCACUGUGCUACUCAGGAGCCUAAUGUGCUCUAUAGGGAAUAGGAUGUCAUUGGGGACACGUGCAAAGUCUUUGUUUAAAUAUACCUAUUUUUUGUCAGCAUGGUAAAUCAUCAGUGUCUACCAUUUUAGAUUCUCCAAGCUUAUCUUCAGUGCGCUGUAUUUCUUGACAUUUCACAUGUUUAGGGCUUGACCUUUGACCUGGCACUUGGUUUGUUUUUUUGUAAUAUAGGUACUGCGUAGCCAUGUCAUGCAACUACAGUUUCAUAUAGCUACGACAGCACUCACACGUCUCGCUGCAUAAUGAUGCCACGUGUUGAUCAGAACGCAAUCAUCCACUGUCUAUGGUCUAUAAAACAUACCCCCUCAUACAUGUUUUGGUUUGGGGAGGUGGGACCCUAUAUUCAGACUUGCGAUAAAUUGACUUAAAAAAAAACUUUUAAAAAUAUGCUGAUUUAAGUCCAUGUUCUCUGAAUCGGGCCGAUAUAGCCUAUGGUGUCUCUAUGGUCACACAUUUAGCCUGGAACAGAAUUGACUACCGGGGAUGAGAUUACGGGUAAGUCACUGGAUAGUUUAGUAGACAUUGUAGACAACCUC